UUGUUGUGUGUUGAUUUUGUUUUGGUUUGUGUUGUGCUCGAGUGAGAUUUUGGAUUUAUUGACCAUGGCAUCCGGCGGAGGAAAAAAGCAAUCGAAUCGAAAUUCCACAUCAAAUGCGACAACCGGCGGAGCAGUGAAUUCAACGGCACAGGAAAAACAAGAGAAACCCGAAUAUGUGCCGCAAUUUAUGCAAGAAAUAUCGGAUAUAAUGCGCGGCUACGGUGACUGUGAACAACCGCUGGCUGAAUCGGUGAUUUUAGUGGAGAAAAUUGUAAUCGAACAAAUGCGGUCGAUGCUCAUUGAUGUUAUCAAUGUGGCGAUCGAACGAAAAGGCAAACCACAACCAACACAAAAAGAUUUCGAGUUUAUGAUGCGAAAACAUCCAACGAAGCUGUUUCGGUUGCAAAAACACUUGAAAGACUUGGAUUUUAAACGUCGUUACCAGGAUAUGAUCAGUGGUCGACCCAUGACAUAUGCAGAGGAUUUUGAUGAGGAAAACUUUGAAGAACCCGAGGAAGUUGCGGAGCGAUAUGACGAAGAAAAAGUUCGCCGAUUAUUCCGUGCCGAUCGAAUCUCAUUGACGCUGAACGGUCAACAGUAUGCCGAAUACAAUGAAGCACGAAGAACGUCAUUCCAUUGCCGAAAUUCGGCCACAAUCAAAACAAAAUUGAAGAAUCUCAUUAAUCCGCCAACGGGAGCUGUUAUAUCUGGGCAUGUGUACACGAUAUUGGGAUAUUUGGUGCAUGAAACAAUAGCUACGCUUGUUGACUAUGCCAUUCUGACGCGACUCGAUUCAAGCAAUCGUUCCGUUGAGCCAUACCAUCGCAUUUCUGCAUCGGGCACUUCAUACGCCAUGAUGCAUGCAUGCCCAGAGGUGACACAAGGUAGAGGUGAAGAUGGUAUCAAACCGAUAACCGUUCAAGAAAUUCAAGAGGCAAUGAGACGACAUACAAUGAACUAUGAACGACCGAUUGGUCUGCAUCGAAAUAUUAUCGACCGAUACUCGUCGAUGCCUUAUUUAGCGAUAUAA